AUGACAGAUCAAUCGACAGCCACUACUAGCCAGACGAAGGCCGGCCAGACUGUUGUCAGCAUCUCCUUUCUCAAGCGCAAACCGGGCCUCACGCAGGAGCAGUUCUACCAUCACUGGGAGAAGGUCCAUGGUCCGCUCGUCAAGCCUUGGAUGGAGAAGCACGGCUUCAUCUCGUACACACAGAUCCACGCCACCGCAGCCCUCAACGAAGGGGUUGCGCCCAUUGGGCCCGAAUCAUCAGGACCCAGCCCACUGGCUGACUACGAUGGAUGUGCCGUCUUCGAGGUCCCGAGCAUGGAAGUAUUCGCCAACGCAUUCAAGGACGACUACUACCUGAACACUAUCGAGCCGGACGAGCGUGAAUUCGUGGAUAAGAAGGUUGGUGUGACGCGGAUCCGGGGUGAACCGAAGAAAAUCCUGUAGCCGAGCGAGCGAGCGACAUGAGGGCGCGGGAGGAGGGGGUAAAGUAGGAGUAUCGGGCAUCGGGUAUCGGGCAUCGGGUAUCGUGAAUCUUAUUAU